AUGAAUCCAAAACUUCGGCAAGCUUUCCACUUCACCGACUUGGGCUCAAAUAAGCCUACACGCGAUGGGGAUCCUUAUGAAUACAUGUGUGGAUUUGGAGGACAAUUCCAGUCCGAGAUCAUUCCCGGUACGCUCCCAAUUGCACAGAAUACCCCGCAAGUCUGUCGCUUCAAUCUGUACACGGAGUGCUUGACGGCUUCUGCUUUUGCCGCUCCCCGAGAAGCCAAUCUCAGCACCUGGAUGUAUAGGUGCAGGCCUAGCUGUGCCCAGGAUGGAGAAGUGCUCAUUGAGAGCAGGGCCAAGAUUGAAGGAUGUUUCCUUGCGACGAACCCUCGUGUUAAGAUGACGUCGGCCCAACUCGAAUGGGCACCAUUCGAAAUCGAUUCCAAGCCGACAGAUUUCAUAGACGGAUUACGAACCAUUGGUGGUAAUGGAGAUUCGAAUCUCAGAGAUGGUUUAGCUCUCCACAUUUACGCCAUCAACAACUCUAUGGACCACAGAGCCUUCCUCAACGCUGACGGCGAUUGCCUCUUUGUCGCGCAGCUGGGCAACUUGGAUAUCCAGACGGAGCUUGGAAAGCUUUACCUUCAGCCCGGGGAGCUUGCAGUGAUCCCCAGGGGUAUCAAAUAUGUCUUGAACCCUGCUCAGGGUACAACCGAAGCGAGGGGCUAUAUCAUUGAAGUCUUUGGCUCGCGCUGGGAGCUUCCAAAUCUGGGACCGAUCGGAGGUCACGGGCUUGCCAAUGCGCGAGACUUCCUGAUACCUGUAGCUUUCAUUGACGAGGAUCUCCAUCAGACCUGGACGAUCGUGACCAAGAUUAAUGGACAGUAUUUUGCCAACACCCAGGACCAUAGCCCGUUUGACGUGGCAGCCUGGCACGGCAACUGCGUGCCUUACAAGUACGAUAUGACCAAAUUCGUCAGUAUCUCGUCCGUCUCCGUCGACCACACGGAUCCUUCCAUCUACACUAUCUUGACUGCCAAGUCACGAGAUCCCAACACGUCCCUUGUCGACUUCCUGUGGUUCGGUCCACACUGGGAUGUCGCGAUGAACACAUUCCGUCCUCCUUAUUUCCACCGGAAUGCUGCGUCCGAGUUCCUCGCCAAUAUCUGGUCGAAAGACGUAGGAGGCCGGUCAGAUAACUUUAAGCCCGGCGGUGGCAGUUAUGAAGCGGGACACGUUGCCCACGGAUCAAGCGGUGGACCGUAUCUCACGGAGAUGAAAAAGGAGGUCAAUCAGCCGAGGGUUCUUUAUGAGGGUAAUGUGACAUUUAUUUUGCCCCGAUGCGUUCAGAACGUUGACAAGACUCCGCAACAGGGUCCUUAA